UUCCCGAGUCCAACCCUCUCGGUAUCCCAAGAGAUUUAAAUCAACUAGAUUUAUUUGGCAAAUCAGCGUUUAUGAGCUUAAAAUAUAAAUCCCUUCUGCAGUCAAUGCUCAAUCAAUGGCGAUACCGGCUGCAGAUACUAUAAAACAAUCAAAUCACCUCGCCACGUUUGUUGAACCCUGUAGAAAUUUGAACUUUUACCCCAAAAUCUGCUCUGUUUCGAGCUGGCUCAUGAUACCCAUUUAGCUUUCUUUCCAUAACGCGAUCGAAUCGAGCAAAAUCUGAAGAAAUCCCGGGUUUUCCAUAUUACCCAUAUGAAAUUUUUGAAUGACGAGAGGUUUUAGAAGACGAAAUUUGUGUUCAAGGCCCAUAGAUCGUCUCCGAUUCCAGGCAUCGGCGGACGGUGCUCCGAAAUCGGGAUUCCUCAGAGAUAUGAAGGUGAAGGAGAUCUUUACUUAUUUGCUUAUAGGUCUUCCGUUGGUCGUUUUUGUUGGUUUGGUGUUCAGGAAUCCGGCGGCGGAUCUGUCAUUGGGUUUUGCUGAAGCCAGAGCAUUGGAAAGAGUGGUCACUAAUGGCAGUUCUGAGAGUUCAGGUUCAGAAAACGGUUUCUCUAGACUUUCCAAUAGAGACAAGCUUAUUGGAGGCCUUCUCAUUCCUGGAUUUGAUGAAGGAUCAUGCUUGAGUAGAUAUCAAUCCAGUUUAUAUCGAAGAACUUCGACCCACAGACCGUCUCCGUACCUCAUCUCGAAGCUUAGAGACUACGAAGCGCUUCAUCGACGAUGUGGUCCGCAUACAAAACCAUAUGAUGAAGCAGUAGAGCAGCUCAGAUCUGGCAGUAGUGUUAGUUUGACAGAGUGUAAAUAUGUUGUGUGGAUGUCUUAUAGUGGCUUGGGAAAUAAGAUACUCACUUUGGCUUCUGCAUUUCUCUAUGCCGUUCUUACCGAUCGUGUCUUGCUUGUCGAUCCGGGGAAGGAUAUGGCUGAUCUAUUUUGUGAGCCCUUCCCAGAAAAAACUUGGCUGCUACCAAAUGACUUCCCCUUGAUGGAUCAAUUCAGCAACUUUAAUCAGAAAUCUCCUAAUUGUCAUGGAUAUAUGCUUAAGAUGAACACGCUAAACGAAUCGACAGAAGCGCUCCCAUCCUAUCUAUACCUACAUUUGGUUCAUGAUUAUGAUGAUCAUGACAAGCUUUUCUUCUGUGAUCAAGAACAGGCUCUUUUAAGUAGGGUCCCUUGGCUGAUACUCAAGACAGAUAACUACUUUGUUCCAUCGCUCUUCCUGAUCCCGUCUUUCGAGCACGAACUGAGUAACUUAUUCCCCCAAAAAGACAACGUGUUUCAUCAUCUGGGUCGAUAUCUUUUCCACCCAUCGAAUCACGUUUGGGGACUGAUUACGAGAUACUACGAAGCAUAUCUAACAAGUGCAGAUGAAUUGAUAGGAAUUCAAGUAAGAGUGUUCGAGAUUGGAUCGGGACCAUUCGAACAUAUAAUGGAUCAGAUUUUAAGCUGUACUCUUCAGGAGAAGAUACUUCCCGACGUAGACAAGGAAGGCUUCUCUUCGGUUCCCUUGGAACGCCCAAGAGUGAAAGCGGUUUUGAUGACAUCCUUGAGUUCUGGAUACUACGAAAAAUUGAGAACCUUGUACUGGGAGUACCCAACCACAACGGGAGAGGUCAUUGCAGUUCACCAGCCAAGCUACGAAAUGUAUCAGCAGACUGAGAAGAAGGCUCACAACAGGAAAGCAUGGGCAGAAAUGUACCUUCUGAGUAUGAGCGAUGUAUUGGUGACCAGUGCAUGGUCGACGUUCGGGUAUGUGGCUCAAGGACUCGGGGGAUUGAAGCCAUGGAUUCUUUACAAGGCGGAGAACAUGACCACGCCCGAUCCAGCGUGUCGUAGGGCGAUGUCAAUGGAGCCUUGCUUUCAUGCUCCUCCGUUCUAUGAUUGCAAGGCAAAGAAAGGAAUAGAUACUGGUGUAGUUGUUCCACAUGUAAGACAUUGUGAAGACAUGAGCUGGGGUCUUAAGGUUGUUAACCAUCAGGAUUUAUAACAUCCACUGACUUGUAAUAUGAUUUGUCCCCAUGUCUUGAUCUGUUUUCUUUUUCCUUCUAAUACAUGUAGUUGCAUUUAAGCUUAGACUUAAUAUGGAAUUAAUGAAUAGAAUGAUGUUUUUUCUUUUCUA